AUGCAGUCAAGGGAGAGGUCCAAGAGCAGAGACCCCUGGAACAAAGGCGACAAGGAUACUGUGAAUCAGCUCGUGGCGAAGAUUGCGCCAGCUACCCCAGAGGUGGCGAGGUCGGAGGCCUUCAAGCAUGUCUACGUGAAGGCGCCCCCGGCAGAGCAGAAGGAUGCAGUGAACAAACAUCGCAAAGAUAUCAAAGAGAAGAUUCGCAAUAUCGGCAUCCUCAUCAAGGCUGCUGCCGCAGCGGAUCGCCCUGCGAACGACGCGGACUGCAAGGAGAUAGCUGUACUCAAAUACAUGUUGACGGAGAGUUCAGGAUCAGAGAACCAGUUGUCCGAGGUCAAAAUACAAUUGGAAAAAGAGCAGGGUCAUCUGCGCGAGAUACAGCAGAAGGGGGCGGAGGUGCGCGAGAGGCGCAUCCAGAUAGAGAAAACCAUCCGAAACAUCCAGGAGACGAUCGACCAGCUGACGAAGUCGAAGGACGAGGGUGGCACGGCCGAGAGCGCCGACACGGAUAUGCACAAUGCAGAGGAGGGCGUUGGCAGGGCGCCUGGGAACCCUCAUGCAGGCCUUGGGAGAGAGGCAUCAGCAUCUUCAGCGGCGCCAAAGGCAGCUGCGGCGGGCCACGCCGCGCCAGCUGUGCCAGAGAGCUCCAGAGAGAUGGACUCGAUCAAGGAGUGCCUCCAGCGUCUGACCGCGGCUCAGAUGCAGCAGCAGAACCAACAGGAGGCCAUGAUGAGGCAGAUUGGCAACUUCCACGGCCACCUGAUGGACGAGGCCCCGAGUCCAGCGGAUGCGGGGAUAUUUUGGGACCCAAGCACGACCCCAGCCGACUCGGACGCUGCGGAAUACCAGCACCAGCUGAGGAUGGCCAGGUUCCACCCGAUGUACCCCAGCCAGUCGGCGCAGAGGUCGCCGACGUUUCCCCCGGCGCCCUUCACGCCCGCGCAGCCGCAGAUGGAGCCCGAAACGCCUGCGAUAGCGCCUUGGGAUUGCCCGACCCCGCAGUGCGACGUCCUGUGCACGCCGAAGGUCCCAGCGGGCGGCCCGUCUCAGGACGAGCCUCCGACGAUCAGGGUGCCAACCUCAGCGUGCCCGACGGAUGCGUGCGACAGGACCUUCGCCCAGAUGCAGAACCCAGCGGCGGAAGCCACCAGUCACGCCAUCUACGAUUCCACCAGGGCAGCCUUCGCCAGCCUCGCCUCGCACCAGCAUGGAGGCCUGCAGCAGCCGUGCGAGUCGCCGAGGGCGAAGGAGGCAGAGUCAGCGGCCGAACCUGCAGGAUCGCCGAAGAGGGAGAUCUUGAGGCGGAUCACCAAGAAGAAAGAGGACCCGAGGGAAAACAGGCAGAAGGGCAGCGCUCACCCGCACAAAGGCAAGGGCGGCAAGGUGGUGAUGGUCAAGGACAGGCCAGGAGCGGACAAGGGCUGGGAGACGAUCGAGGAAGAGGACGCCCCCAUCCCGUACCCGCAGCAGCCGACCCAGAUGUCGCCGACACAGCCCUUCGUGCAGCCCGAGCAGGUGGAAGACACCGACGCCUACGGUUACGGGAUCUCCAUGGUCGCCUCAGUGCUUGCAGCCGUCACCGUGUCCAGUGCCGCCACAGUCAGCAGUUGUGAUGUCGCCGGUGUUGGUGGAGGCGUCGCCGACCCCAGCGGCAGAGAUGGUCGAGCCGUCGCAGAUGACAUCGCAGGAGAUCAAGCAGCAGGUGGAAGCGAUCGACCGUCGUCCAGCGGCCUAGCCGCGGCGGACUACAAGACGACGGUGGACCAGCGCGUGGAAGGCAGGUCGCCACCCCAGAAGUUGCAGCGGCAGGCGGACGCUAUCGAGGAGUAG